UUCCAACGCUAUGAUAAAGAAAACCACCUGCGCUUUCUACUGCGGUAGUACAGUAUGGCAUACUGUACCGAACCCCUUCCGCCUCUAUCGUCUAAAACACUGCCACAACUAUGCAUUCGCAACAAACCUUAUUAAAGGAACUGUCUUCAUUUCAUACAAUGCUGCAAUCUACCAGUCCCCCCCUGUCCGUCUCUGCCCAUUCGAUUGAUUGAAACAUUCAGACCAUAUUUUGUGGUAUCUCGCCCCUCCUCGAGCAUGCACCAUGGAGAAGGAUGGCUCAGGAGGGCGCGACAAAAAGAAGGACGACGCAAAGAAAGAUGACAAAAAGAAGGAUGAAGCAAAGCCCUCCAAGUCUGAAAAAGACAAAAAGAAAGACUUGUCAGGGAUAGAUCACCCCGGCAAAAAUGAUGUAAUGUUCGGCAGAGGAGGGGAUACGAACUACCAUGUUGGCAAUCACGGGUUUCGGACGCUAGCAGAAGGUUACACGCAGAGGUACCAUGAGGCGUCGAGAAAGGAGAAGGCUUUGAUAGUUCAGGAACUAGUGAAUAGUUGGCGAAACAGAGACCCACCUGGGCGCUUCCUCGCUCGAACGGACCCGCAUUUGGGGGAUGCAAGCUUAUGGCAUGAUGUGGGGACGGACGCAGCCCUGAAGAAGGCAGCCAAGAUCCUCAGUGAACUGUCAAGUGAAAUCAGGGCAGAGAAGAAGCGGAAAGCAAAGGCAGCAGCGGCACUCCCGCCCCAAAAGAAACCGCCCCCUAACCAAUCCCAACAUCCGCGUACUAGCCAGCAACAGCGCCAGGAUCUUAAGCAGCCGGCGUACAAUCAAGUCGCAGUCUCAGCGGUGGCAGCGGCAGCAGUCGCAGCGGGCGGUGCAGCCGCAGCACCGCUUGUCGGUCUAGGCGCCGUCUUGGGCCAGGAAGAUGCCUUCUCCUUUCCAGCGCUGGCAUCGGGGCAGCAUCCGGGCGACGGUCUUUUUGACUUCCAGGGACACCAGCCAGACGGCGACGAUGAUGAUGACCGCAAGAUGCCAGCCGUACCCACCGGUGACUUGGCUGGUGCUCUGGACUCCACUGCUCGUCAGGACGUUGGCACCGAGACUCCUGCAGGCAACAGCAAUCGAGGUGGUGGAGUGGAACUAGCCCCAGGCGAACAGCGUCGAGAAGGUGCAGAGGAUGACAGCCCUGAAUCCAUUGAAAAAGAUUCAACGGAAGAAAGAGGCGAAAACUACCCAAGUGCAGCUUCGCUUGCUGGCGUCUUCAGUGGUUCUUCUGGGAGUAGCAGUCUGCCUACCAAUAAGAGCGACUCUUCCGACGAUACCCCUCCCGAAAGAAUCGCAUGAGAAGCAUUUGGAACAAUGAUUGCCGAUAAGCUUUUCUGGUGUCCAGCGGCUUUAACUGAUUGCCGGUCUGCACAUACCUGGCUACCACUGGUGUCUUGGAGAUACACUGGGACGGCAAGGUUCGAAUGACAACAAUCUACCGUCGAACAAGAAGCACACGGGGGGUGCAGGUGUCUUGCUCGCGAGACUUAGCUAUUGGCGCCAGUGGCGGCGACUUUGUGAAGGAACAGAUGAAUGAAAUAUCGGUUAUGUAAUGAGUAUAAACAUGUACAGAUUAAUAGCCCAAA